GGCACAACUUCAACUGAAAAAUGGCUGGGGGCUCAUCUCUGAGACUUUCCAUCUUAGGUGUCUCCCUCCUCUCUUUCUCGUUCCAAUGCUUCUGCCAUUGUAAUGUGAACAGAAAAGGUGGGACUAGAAGUGUUGGGAUCAAGGGGAUGUUUGUGUUUGGAAGCUCCCUGGUUGACAAUGGGAACAAUAACUUCCUACAAAACUCACUGGCCAGAGCUGAUUACUUGCCAUAUGGAGUUGAUUUUCCUCUUGGCCCUUCUGGGAGAUUCACAAAUGGGAAGAACGUUAUCGAUCUUCUUGGAGAGCAGCUUAAGAUACCUUCCUUCAUUCCAGUAUUCGCUGACCCCCAAACUAAAGGAAGCAAAAUUGUUCAUGGUAUCAACUUCGCUUCUGGUGCUUCUGGUAUACUCGAUGAUACUGGCUCCUUAGCGGGACGUGUAAUGAGUCUAAAUGAGCAAAUUAGAAACUUCGAGGAGGUAACUUUGCCAGAGUUAAAAACCCAAUUAGGGUUGGGGUGCAGUACAAGCUUUGAAUCAUCAAUUGAUAAGUACUUGUUUGUGGUGGGAACCGGUGGAAACGAUUACUCUUUCAACUACUUCCGGGCCAACCCCCAUAAUGUCAGUCUUCAAGUCUUCACCGCCAAUCUCACAUCAUCUCUCUCCACAAAACUAAAGAAGUUGCACAGUUUGGGAGCAAGAAAAUUUGUGGUGAUGUCAAUAAACCCACUUGGGUGCAGUCCUAUGGCUAUGAACAUGAUGAUGCUGCCAACCGUGACGCGUAAUCGUUGCGUACAAGGUAUGAACCGUGCAGUUCACCUUUUCAAUUCUCGGUUCAAGUCCAUGGUUGAUGCUAUAAGGGCUGAAAUGCCCGGUUCAGCACUUGUAUUCGUCAACUCCUACAAGAUUAUCAGGGAUAUUAUCAAGAGUCCCAUCUCCAAAGGAUUCAAAGAUUCGAGCGGUACAUGUUGUGAAGUGGCAUCAAUAAGUGAAGGGGGAAAUGGAAUCUUAUGCCAAAGGGGAGGGCAAGUGUGCCUGAACAGAAGCAAUCAUGUCUUCUUUGAUGGCUUGCAUCCAACGGAAGCUGUGAACGUUCAAAUAGCAACCAAGGCAUUCGUCUCCACUCUCAAAACUGAAGUUUAUCCAACUAAUAUCCAACAAAUGACCCAAAGCCAAAUAUAGGCUGGUGCAUGGCAGGUCAUCUUUGUUUCUUAUAUGCCUACACUACCAAUAAGUUUCAUGGUUCUUUCUUUGUCACCUACAAUGGUACUCUAAUAUAUAGUGUGUAGCUAAGUUGGGUACGAUUUUAUUAGAAGUUUGGUAGGAGUGAAUAAGUCCAUCAGAGGACAUCGUAAUAUAUGUAUAGUCGACUGGUAUAUAUGGUAUAUAUAUUAUGGCUUUCUAUUA